AAUACUAAGUAAUGGCUGCUCAAAUGGCUUUCUCUGUUCAUCCGCAUGUUACUAUCCGAGUUCCCGAGAUCAAUGGAAGAAAGCCCUGGCGCUCGUUUUGUUCUUCGCGGCGUGAUUUUAGGGUUGUCACUGCUUCUUCUAGUGUGGACGAAUCCUCAAAAUACGUACCUCCAGCACCAAUUCUUCUUCCAGAAGGACCAUGGAAGCUGAUUCCAGGUGGAGUAACUGCAGCAAAGGGAUUCAAAGCUGCAGGCUUGUACGGUGGACUGCGUGCACUAGGAGAGAAACCUGACCUUGCACUCGUAACAUGUGAUGUUGAUGCAGUUGCUGCAGGUGCAUUCACAAGAAAUGCUCUACCUGCUGCACCGGUUAUAUACUGCAAGCAUACAUUAGACAAAUCUCAAACGGCGCGUGCUGUUUUAAUUAAUGCUGGUCAAGCAAAUGCAGCCACGGGUGAUGCUGGCUACCAGGAUGUGAUUGAAUGUGCAAGUGCUGUUGCAAAGCUUCUGCAACUACGGUUAGAAGAAGUGUUGAUUGAAUCAACUGGUGUAAUUGGUCACCGGAUAAAAAAGGAUGCUCUCCUGAACUCACUGCCAAGACUAGUUAGCUUGCUGUCAUCUAAUGUUGAAGGGGCAGAUUCUGCAGCGGUGGCCAUAACAACAACCGACCUUGUGAGGAAGACUGUGGCCGUUGAGACUGAGGUUGGGGGCAAGCUAGUAAGAAUUGGAGGAAUGGCAAAAGGGUCUGGGAUGAUUCAUCCAGACAUGGCAACUAUGCUUGGUGUUAUAACAACUGAUGCCCUGGUAACUAGUGAUAUUUGGAGGAAGAUGGUACAGAUUGCAGUAAACCGGAGUUUCAACCAAAUUACGGUAGAUGGAGACACUAGUACCAAUGAUACUGUUAUAGCUUUGGCUAGCGGAGUAUCAGGAUCAAGCAGAAUUUCUUCUUUGGAGAGUCAUGAGGCAAAACAACUUCAAGCAUGCCUUGAUGCAGUAAUGCAGGGUCUUGCAAAAUCAAUAGCAUGGGAUGGAGAAGGAGCUACAUGCCUAAUCGAGGUCACUGUUACUGGUGCCACUAGUGAGGCUGAAGCAGCGAAGAUAGCUCGCUCAGUGGCAUCCUCUUCACUUGUCAAGGCUGCUGUAUAUGGCAGAGAUCCAAACUGGGGACGGAUUGCUUGUGCUAUUGGCCAGGGCUAUCAUCAAGCAGGGACUACUGUAAAUCCAAAGGAGAUUCGAAUUUCACUUGGAGAUAUUCUGCUCAUGGAUGGCGGGCAGCCACUUCCAUUUGACAGGGCUGCAGCUAGUGCUUAUCUCAGGAAGGCUGGUGAAACCCAUGGUACAAUUGAAAUUCUCAUAACUGUCGGGAAGGAGCAGGGUAGUGGGAAAGCAUGGGGCUGUGAUUUAAGCUACGAUUAUGUCAAAAUAAAUGCUGAGUACACGACAUGAAAAUGAAUCAGGUUCUUCUUUCUUGUCUUUGUUGCUCUUCUUUGGGA